AUGUCAUCGUCGUCAGGUAAUCAACAAGAACAAAAAAUACCAACAGUUAAUCUAUCUGAUGCUGAAUGGAAAAAAAAAUUAUCAGAUGAAGAAUAUCGUAUAUUACGUAAAAAAGAAACAGAAUAUUCGGGUACAGGUAAAUAUAAUAAACAUUUUGAAACGGGAAUAUAUAAAUGUGCUGGUUGUGGACAAGAACUUUAUGAGUCAUCGUCAAAAUUUGAUUCUCAUUGUGGUUGGCCAGCAUUUAGUUCAUCAUUAGCCACAUCAGUUAGACGUCAAAAAGAUGAAGAUGGUUAUCGUGAAGAAAUUUUAUGUGCUAAAUGUGAUGGUCAUUUAGUUGGCGAAACUGGACAAAUAGUUGAACGUGUCGAUGCAAAAAACAGCAAGAAAGUAGUGGAGAAAUCAGAAGAAACUGAACGUAAACCAACAUUUAGUGAACGUACAAAAAAACGACGAAGACGUGAAUGGGAUGCUAUGAAUUAUGAACCAUUUGAUAUAACACGUGGUCGUGAUUAUGAACGAUCAUUGCAACGAAUAUCUACACGUGGUAUUGUUCAACUAUUUAAUACAGUUCGGAAACAACAGCAAAAUUCAUCAUCAUCAACAACAACAAAAAAGAAAAAAGAAAAUACAAUAAAUAAAGGAGAAUUUCUUGAUAUGCUAAAGACAAUCGAUUCUGAUGAAGUCUCUUGCAAAAUUAUGAAAAAGAAUCAACUUACGACUGAAUCAACAACAAAAACAACACCAGUAAGAUGGAAUGUUCUUCAAGAUGAUUUGAUGGCGAGUAUUAAAGAUGAAGACGACGAUGAUGAUGAUGAUGAUGAUUGA